GGAUCCCCUCCUACAGCACACUGUUCAGAAGAGGCAGGACUGCCAUGAUAAUACAUCUGGAGCCGACAUAGAGCACAUCUGGCCCGAGAGCACAUAGCUGGUGAUAAGUUUUCCCAUGGCUCUGAACAUGACGAUGUCGAUGUUCCCCACGUUGAAUCCAGAUGUGGACCCCUGCAGUAACUACACUGCAGCCUGGCUGUGGCUCCACUCCAUGCAGCCAGCGUACAUAGUACUGAUCUGUGUGGUGGGGGUGGUGGGAAACGGUCUGGUCCUCUGUGUCCUGUGCCUGCAGAGAAAACCCUGCACCGUAGCUGAUAUUUAUCUGGGAAACCUGGCCACUGCAGAUCUGGUUAUGGUCUCCUGUUUGCCCUUCUGGGCAGACACCAUCGCUCAUGGCUACCACUGGACCUUUGGUGAGGCGCUCUGCAAGCUGGUCAAUGUGGCCAUCUCCAUGAACUACUACUGCAGUGUGCUGUUCCUAGUCUUGGUCAGUGUGGAUCGCUAUCUGGCUCUAGUGUGCCCAAUGUCUCCCAGCAGACUGAGGAGGGCUGUCUGGGCCAAGCGCAUCUGCCCAGGCAUCUGGGUCCUAGGCUUCCUGCUAAGCUUCCCCGUGCUGCUGUUCCGUAAGGUCAGCUACGUGUCAGACCCAGGGGUGGACGCCUGCUUCCUGGCCUACCCUCACCCAAGCUGGACGGUCCAACACAACCUCACCAGGAACAUCCUGGGCUUCCUGGUCCCAGUGUCGGUGGUCACCUACUGCAGUCGGCACAUCAUCAAGGCCCUUAAGGAAGGUCAAACUACAACACUUCCAGGAGUGAGAGCAGAGAGAAAGGCCACAUACCUGGUGCUUGCUGUCCUUGUGGUCUUUCUAAUUAGCUGGACUCCUUUCCAGAUGUUUGUUUUCCUGGACACUCUGGAUUACUUCCAGCUCACUCCGGGGUGCCUGUGGGGUCACUUCCUGGACAUUGGGAUCCAGCUGUCUACCUACCUGGCAUACACCAACAGCUCAGUCAACCCUUUCCUCUAUGUGAUAGUGGGGAAACAAUUCAGGAAAAGGGCUAAAGAGGUAUUUAAGAUAAUCUUGAACCCAUCCUUGAGAAACCAAACUUUCAUGACUGUCAAUUUCACCUCCAUUGGUAGGUCUAUUGAUACUCGAAGGAUAUCCUGCAACCAACUUGAAAAGCAAACAGUUAGGUGACUGAACAGAGAAAAUGCAGAAAGUAUUCUUUCCCAUUUGCUUUUAUUUAUUGUGAGAAAAAGAAAUGAUCUUGUGAUAUAAUUGAUCUCCGUAUUUUGUUUGAGAAAUAAUUAAAUGUACCAGUAAUCAGGGACAUCCAGAUGACUUUUGUCUUUGUUAGACUGCAAUUACGAGUCCAUCUGGUUCCGUAUUGCAAAGAGGUUUCUCAAAGCAAAUAGCCCAUUUGGUGUUCUACAAUAGUCUACCUCCUUUCCAGAGCCAUGAUACAUUGUCAUCUUUUUGUUAUUGUGUUUAGUAGAUACUUUUCCUCUCCAGACUCUGUUACACAAUCUCAGAUGCACACUUUUGAAGAUUUAUGACGUUAUGUAUGCACUAAGUAGCCACUGUCCAGUGCUGAAGAUUAGUCUAAAUGUGAUGUAUGAAGUAUUUUAUUGUCAUUGAGCUUUUUCUAACUUUGAUGGAGUGAGCCAAUAUGAGGGAGGAUGAUGAGCCCUGCACUGUGAAUGGGAUUCAUUGCUCGAUGUGCUAAUUGAAGCAUAAAAGAUUGUAUU